GGCCUCUUCGCUCCCAGCAUCGCGAAGUCCCAGCGCCGCUCUUCUCUCCAAGCCACUUCCAUACACUGCGCCCACGAUGCUCCGUCGCCUCCGCCCCGACACCUCAACUCUCGCCUGCGUCUCACACAUGCUACAGACCACUCGCGUGUAUUCGGCCCCAGCAUCGUGCCGCGCCUUCUCACAGCUAUCCACAACCCCCUAUCGCCUCCAACGUCUUCCUACUGCUGUCUACGCUACUCGCGGGGUCGUCACAGGCCCCCCAAGCGACAGCCACAAGAAGAAAGCGGCAGGCGACCAGCUCUGCUGUCCACAAUGCGGGACCGCGCUCGUACUCGCAGAGCCUCUAGGCAGUGCGGACAAGUCGACGUCAUCAAAUCCUGCGACGUCAUCUUCAACCACUUCAACUCCCUCCGUGGAGUUCAAAAAGGGUGACGUGGUCAAGUGCGUCAACUGCAACCUGCACUUUGCCCUCAAGGCGCAGCCUCCUGCUCAACCCAGCCCCACCUUCCGCAACGCUGCAGCGGCUGCAGCACUGAGCUCCUUGAGUUCAUCGCUAGCUCCAGGCAUGCAGACCACGCGCGGCUCCAGUCUGGGUGGACCCACAUACAGCGGCAACUUCCCGUCUCCCUCACGUGGCGGUCGUAUGAAUGCAGACGGAGAGUACGAGAAAUUGGCCAAUGAGGCGCUUUUUUCCUCUGCAGCGGACGCGACAGUCAGCAAGGACCGUGUACUGACGCCUAGGGAGAUCUACGAAGGACUGAAUGAGUACGUUAUUGGUCAAGAUAAGGUCAAGAAAACGCUCGCUGUAGGCGUGCACAACCACUACAAGCGGCUGCAUGCACUGGAGUUGCUCCAGGCCAGAAAGGAAGCGGAGGCCGCUUGUGCCAAGCACAAUGCCAGCUCUCAACACCCACGCGCUGGUGGCGUAACGCGCCAGCAUGUGGACAUGGACGACCCGCGGCUGUCGAAUAUUGGUCGCCGUCUUCUAUUGGAGGAAAUUUACCCUGGAUCGGAUAAGAAUGAUGCAGAAAUGCCGCCGACAUCGAAGCAACAUGCCUCGGAAGAGACUGCAGAAGUUACGAAGACGACGGAGACGACGCACACCCAUGCGACGAGGCUGCAACAUCACUCGAUGGGGGACAAACUGCAGUAUCUGGAAGGCGUGGAGCUGGACAAGACUAACGUCAUGCUGGUGGGACCUACGGGGUCGGGUAAGACGCUGCUGGCCAAGACGCUGGCGCGACUGGCGAAGGUUCCGAUUGUGAUCGCCGACGCGACGUGUCUGACUCAAGCUGGCUACGUGGGCGAAGAUGUCGAGUCGGUGCUGUUCAAAUUGUACCAGGCAGCCAACUACAACCUGGAGGCCACCCAGCGUGGCAUUGUGUACAUUGACGAAAUCGACAAGAUCACGCGUAAGAGUGAAAACGUGAGUAUCACACGCGACGUGUCGGGCGAGGGCGUUCAGCAAGCGCUGCUGAAGAUCCUCGAAGGAAGCAUGGUCAAUGUGCCCGAGAAGGGCGGACGUAAGAACCCCCGCGGCGAGCACAUUACCAUCGACACGACAAACAUCCUGUUUAUUUGUGGUGGCGCGUUCGCCGGACUGGAGAAGCAGGUCACUCGGCGGACGUCCCGGUCUUCUAUCGGUUUUGGAGCCCAGAUGCCCAACAUGCGCCUGAAGGAUAGCAAUCAGAUUGGCCAGCUGCUGUCGCAAGCGGAGCCCGAAGAUCUCGUAUCGUACGGGUUGAUUCCCGAGUUUAUCGGCCGUUUCCCGAUGCUUGUGAGCACCACGGGGCUGUCGAAGGAUGAGCUGGUUCAAGUGCUCACCGAACCCAAGAACAGUCUGGUGCGACAGUACAAGGCGCUAUUUGCGCUAAGUGACGUGGAGUUCCACGCAACGGAAGGAGCCCUUGAGGCCGUGGCUGAGUCGGCUCUACGCAAGAACACUGGUGCGCGAGGACUCCGCUCCAUUUUUGAACGUGCGCUCAUGGAGACGAUGUUUGAUUUGCCCGACAUGAACGACGUGCGUGCCGUGUACGUGGAUGAAGAGGCCAUCUUGGGUCACAAGCGGCCUGUGCUGAUUCGCGGUGAAAUGACGCUUGACGAGUACCUCAAGAACCUCGAGGAUGACAGUGACAAACGGGAAGAGGCUGUCUAAGCAGUUUCCAAUCCAUCCACCACCUCAUUUGCCCCCUGCAUGGCACUAACGGAAGGGAAGUGCUUACGCGUUAGGCAGCGGUGGUUCCUCUCUCUGUGCUUUAUCAAAGGUAUUUUAUCACA